GUUGCAAAGGUCUAACUGUUCUCUCUCCAUUCAACUCCUGCUGCUCCCUCAUUUCUGGUCCUCGGAACUGGAGGGGGAUACAUCUGUCCAGAUGACGGGAUUAACUGAAGGCCAUGGCCAGUGCGCCAUGCGGGGCUCCUGUGGCAGCAAGGGGUGGUUCGGUCAACAGCUACCCUGUCCAGACGAUGGUGCAUCCAAGCAGCCAGAGAAUCAAGAGACACGCGACAUGCUCGUUUCCGUCUGCGGUAGCGACUUUGCCCAAGGGGAUGUAUGUUGUACCGCGGACCAGAUAGAAACCUUGCGCGACAGAAUGGCUCAAGCAGAGCCUAUCAUAUCGUCGUGUCCAGCGUGUCGCAAUAACUUCCGAUCCUUCUUCUGCCAGUUCACAUGCUCCCCGAACCAGGCUUCGUUCUUGAACGUCACUUCCACCCAGGAGACCAACACCGGUCAGACCGCCGUCGCAUCGGUCGACUACUUCGUUGGAGAGGAGUAUGGUGCUGGUUUCUUCAACAGCUGCAAGGAUGUGCAAGUUGGUGCGCUCAAUGGCUAUGCUAUGGAUCUCAUUGGAGGAGGCGCAAAGAACUACCACGAAUUCUUCAAGUUCCUGGGAGACGAGAAAGACCUCGGGAGUCCUUUCCAGAUCAAUUAUCCGCCCGCUGUUCCCGAGUUCAGCGUCUAUAACCCCCCUCCACGAAAUUGUACAGACAAUGACCUUGCAAGUCGUUGUACGUGCAUCGACUGCCCCAACAUCUGCCCAGUGCUCCCACCUGCCGACGUACCUAAUGGUGGCCCGACAUGCCAUGUUGGAUUGCUAUCCUGCCUCUCGUUCUCCCUCAUCCUCCUAUACGGAAUCGCAGUGCUUGGAGUUCUGUUCGGCUAUGGGUUGGAGCACACACUUCGCAGACGCAGGGAGAAGCGUUAUGAGAGAAUGGCGCUGUCAAUUGACACGGCAUCCCUCCUUUCCCCUACACGGCCAACUCGUGGUCUUGUUGGAGCGGCAUCGCUAGCUCAAGAGCCCAGCGACUUCGGGGCUCAAUCAACCGAUGGUCGUCAUAUUGGUCACGGUGUAACACUCUUGGACCCCGUCGAUACCGUCCAGCCCCGCCAAUACCGUCUCAAUACCCUUCUCAGACGAGGCUUUUACCGCCUUGGCUUCGCUGCUGCAUCAUCUCCUUGGCUGGUGUUUGCAGUGGUGUUUACUAUUGUGGGCCUUCUGAACAUCGGCUGGGACAAAUUCAGGGUCGAGACUGACCCAGUCAGACUGUGGGUUGCCCCGGAUUCAGACAGCAAGAUUCAGAAAGAGUAUUUCGACGAGCACUUUGGUCCCUUCUACCGCCCAGAACAGAUUUUUGUCAAGUCGGCUACCCCAGAUGAGUCGGUUAUGUCAUAUGGCACCCUCAAGUAUUGGUUCGAUGUUGAGAACACUAUUCGGAGUCUCAAGUCCGAGCCUAAUGGACUGACCCUCGAUGAUGUUUGCUUCAAGCCCGCUGGUCCCGAUGGCGCUUGUGUAGUUCAAUCAGUCGGAGGCUGGUUUGGCAACGAUCUCACCGGCUACAACGAGUCGACCUGGCGGAACCGCCUAGUGGGAUGUGCUCACUCCCCUGUUGACUGCCGGCCAGACUUUGAUCAGCCGUUAGCUCCGCCUUACGUGCUUGGAGGUGUGCCAGUGACAUCAGAUGGAGAGCCCGACUACGAGCAUGCGCGGUCAAUGACAGUCACAUUUGUGGUCUCAGAUUCUCUGAAUGACACAGAACAAGGCAAGGCUAUGGAAUGGGAGCGUACUCUCAGGACGUACCUCCUCGACCUUGAUGGGCGCAUUGCAGGCGAGGCGGGUUUGGACAUCUCGUUUUCCACGGGAGUGUCACUUGAGGAAGAAAUUGGCAAGAGCACGAACACGGACGUCAAGAUCGUGGUCCUCUCCUACCUUGCGAUGUUCUUCUACGUCUCGCUCACGCUGGGCAGCAGCAGCCGCUCUAGCCAGGGUGAGCAGGGCUUUAUAUCCUCCCUGGUCGACUGGGCGCGGGGUUUGCCAUAUGUCUUCCGGAGGUCCUCCGUCGUCAACUCUUCUUUUUUGGAAGACUCACCCAGACCGACCUUGUUCCCUCGCCUGCCCCGUGGCCUGUUCAUCAACUCCAAAUUCACGCUCGGUCUCUUUGGCAUUGGCCUCGUCAUCCUUUCCGUCUCAUCCUCCAUUGGAUUCUUCUCAGCAAUUGGCGUCAAGACCACACUCAUCAUCGCCGAAGUCAUCCCCUUCCUCGUCCUAGCCGUUGGCGUCGACAACGUCUUCAUUCUCGUACACGAGCUUGAUCGACAGAACGCGUUGCAUGGCCCUGCUGCAUCUACGGCAUUCAUUCACGGGCACGAACGCGGGAGCACGAGCUUCCAGACGCCGCGCAGCCCGAGCUUGUCCUACCGCUCUGGCCCUGAGGACGCGCUGGAUACGGCAUCGCUGCCCCUGUACCUUUCCGCCGAGGAGCGCAUCGCGCGCACGGUGGCGAAGAUGGGCCCUUCGAUCUUACUCAGCACCAUCACCGAGACGGUCGCGUUCGCAUUGGGUGCGCUUGUGCCAAUGCCAGCCGUGCGCAACUUUGCACUGUAUGCAGCUGGCAGCGUAUUCUUGAACGCGGUGCUUCAAGUCACGGUGUUUGUCAGUGCACUUUCGGUCGAUCUCAGACGUGUCGAGUCUCACCGCGUAGACUGCUUCCCUUGCAUUCGCCUAGCACCGCGUAUUACGCUUACCGACGCUCCUCCAGGCAGUGGUAUUAGUGGGCUUGCUCGGUUUAUUCGCCGGUACUAUGCUCCGUUCAUCUUGCGGCCUUUCAUGAAGGCCAUCAUUUUACUUGUCUUUACUGGCAUUUUCGUGUUGUCUGUCAUGUCCAUGCAAUACAUUGAGCUUGGCCUAGACCAAAGGCUGGCGCUCCCCUCCGAGUCCUACCUCAACGCAUACUUCAACGACCUGGAUGUUUAUUUGGACGUCGGACCGCCCGUGUACUUCGUCACAAAGGAUCUGAAUGUUACCGACAGGCCCGGGCAACAGAAGCUCUGUGGUCGAUUCACCACCUGCGAGGACCUCUCGGUUGCCAACACCUUGGAGGGCGAGCGUAAACGUCCCGAAUCGUCAUUCAUCUCUCAGCCGACUGCUUCCUGGAUUGAUGAUUUCCUGCAAUGGCUCGACCCGCUCAAGGAGAGCUGCUGUCGCGUGCGCAAGCGGGAUCCUUCUAAGUUCUGCACGGCAAGAGAUUCGGAACGCUUGUGCCAGCCCUGCUUCUUGGACCGUGAACCCGCGUGGAACAUCACCAUGACUGGUAUCCCAGAGGGCGAGGAGUUUAUGCGCUACCUCCAGCAGUGGCUCAUGUCGCCGACUAACGAAGAGUGUCCACUGGCUGGCAAGGCCUCCUUCGGCACCGCGCUUUCGGUCGCUGAUGAUGGGAGGUCUGUCGUUGCGUCGCAUUUCCGGACGUCUCACUCUCCCCUGCGGUCACAGGCCGACUUCAUCAACUCGUUCGAUGCCGCCCACAGGAUUGCAGACGAGAUCUCGGAGCGCACGGGCACAAGUGUCUUCCCGUACUCCUUGCACUACGUCUUCUUCGACCAGUACGCGCACAUCAUCGCCAUCACGCAGGAGAUCCUCGGACUCGGUCUCGCCGCCGUUCUCAUCGUCACGGCGCUGCUCCUGGGCUCAUGGCGCACGGGCACGAUUGUCACCGCCACCGUCGCACUGACGGUCGUCUCUGUCAUGGGCAUUAUGGCGGUCUGGGGUAUCAGCUUGAACGCGAUCAGUCUGGUGAACCUCGUCAUAUCGCUCGGUAUUGCAGUGGAGUUCUGCGCGCACGUCGCAAGGGCUUUCAUGAGUGCCGGCUCCGGCAUGGUGGCCGACCAGCUAUCGGCCCAGAAGGAGAGAGACGAACGGAUGUGGACCGCGCUUGUGGAUGUCGGGCCAUCGGUCUUGUCCGGCAUCACCUUCACCAAGCUUAUUGGAAUGGCUGUCUUGGCCCUUACUCGCUCGAGGCUGCUGGAGAUCUACUACUUCCGCAUGUGGCUUACUCUGAUUAUCUCUGGAGCGUUGCAUGGUCUUGUGUUGCUUCCAGUGAUACUCAGUCUCGCAGGAGGCACCGGGUAUGCUCAGCAGGAGGCAGACGAAGAGUGGAUGGCCAGUGCUAUAAGAAACUUCGAGUACGCACCUUUCAUGGCAGAUGACGAUUCUGUCCACAGCGAUUGAACCCAGUACAUACUCAUUAUUCAUUCAUGUUAUAUCAUUUUACCACCUUUAUAAUGAUGGAAGCAAUAGAGGACUAUAUAUGCAUUUUUACACGGGUGAUCUCGACCUACUGUCCCUGAUGUCGUCCCUACUGUUGCUCCUCCUGCCACGGCUGGGAGACCGGGAACGAGUUCUGCUCCGGCUGUACCUGGAGUAAGACGAGUAAGACGCAGAGCUUCUAGACCGAGAACGCGAAGGCGUGCGCGAGCGCGAGCGGCUCGAGCGUACGGAGUAGCUGUAGGAGCGGCUGCGGCCCCGUCGUCCGUAGCCCGUCCCACCGCGCUCGUAGCUGGGAGAGCGCCGUCUGGGAGGGUAGCCGCCAACCCUGCGGACGGGAGAUCUCGAACGAGAGCGCGAACGUGGGCGGUACGAGUCGCGCGGCGGCGGCGGGCCUCGGCGGAAGCCCCGUCCGCGGUAGGAGUCAGGGAAGCGAGGGGGUGGCGGUGGCCUACCGGCACCACCACCAUAGCCUUCUCCGCGCCUGCGGUAGGGCGGUGGAGAGCGGGACGGGGAACGAGAACGGGAGCGGGAGAGGGAGCGGAACCUGUCGCGUCCGUUCCGAGCGGGGCGGGGGCGAGGAGAACGCGAGCGCGCAGUGCGAAUAGGGACGCUGGAGAGCUCGACCUUCAAGACGAGACCGUCAAGCUGCCCUCCGCUCAUGUGGGACACGGCCUUGCGCGCCGCGUCCGAGUCUGCAUAUUCGAGCGCUGCUUUUCCUCUGUUCUGGCCGGAUUUUUGAAAGAGUGGUAGGUCGACUUUGGUGAUUUCUCCAUAAAAGCCGAAGAUGGUUUGCAGGUGCGACUGCACGACAUUUCUUGAGAGCCCAGUGAUUUGGACCACCUUCGCGUCCUUCAGGUCGUCCUUCAGGCCGUCCUUUCCUCCGUUCUCCAUGUCUACAUCUCCAUCAUCAGACCUUCGUGGGGUAAGUGAUCGACCUCUGUCAGACAUGUUGUGUGUUCGCUAACGAGG